ACCUGGGGAAGCUGGCAACCUCUUGAAUCUCUGUAAUAAUUCGACAUUUGUAAAUUUGUAAGGUUUACUCGAUAUUCUCAAAGUUUAAACAAAACCCAGAAUCCUUAGAAGGGAAUAUUACAAAAAUGAUAUAUGAGAAACUCAAACUUCGGAUUGAGUCUCACAGAUAAACGAAAGGAAGAACAAUGGUUGGAGACGGUGGAAAAAGUCCUUCCAGGAUUGAACUGUUGAAAACGGUGAGGAAGCAUUCAAAGUUUUUAGGUCAAACUAUAAUUGAUGAGAAAGACACAUCGGAUGUUGAAGCAGAUUCAAGAUUUUGGUAUGAUCUUCUGGAUAAGUACUUUAGUUCUGGUAUAGAAUCAAGGCUACGGCAAGAUGAUGAUCUCAUAUUCUUUGUGAAGAAAUUGAGCUUGCGUGGAUCUAAAUUCAACAAUAAUGCUGAAGGAACUCCUCCUUUCUUUGUUCGCAGGUGGGCACCUAAGUUGGACAAAGUAAUUGAAAAUCCAGAUGAGGUGGAUUGGAGGCGCUCUUUUUACUUGAACUUAAUUGCGCAUACUUCAUUCACAGUAAUAGUUGCAAUAUGCAGUGUUCAGGAUCUCCAAAAUCAUCAAAACAGAAGAGACACCCCAUUAUCUCCUGUGUACAAGGUUGUUAAGACUGUCUAUGCGUCACCUAGUCGUUUCAAUUAUCAUUUGGACUCAAGAAAGGAGGACGAAACAGUUCUGGCGUAUCCAGAUAUUUGUUUUGCUGUGGACGACUUUGAUUCCACUUUUGAUGCAGUGGUUUUGACCGAAACAGACCAUUGCUACUGCGUACUUCUGAAUGCACAUGAUGGAGCAGCAUUUCCAUCUGAACUAAUCGUGCAUGGUUGUAGCUCUAGUAAGAUCUCGAGCCUUAGAGUUGAUACUGAAUCUGGGAGGAGCAAGAAUUCUAAGGUGACUCUUUUUUCAGGCUUUGUCAGCUAUGAAAUGGUUAGAGAAGCAUAUGACGCUGGGAAGUUUCGGUUUGGAAGCCUUUUUUCGCUCCCCCAUUUUCCUUCCAAAACAGACAGACUUUACAUGACGGGUCCAGGUGGGCGUGGGGAAGUUGAAGUAGCUGUUUCUGGUGUUGCUGAUCAAAGCCACCAGACACCAGAUCCUCCUUCGCCACUCCAAACAUCAAAGACGGGAUUUGGUAUAGGUGUGGGUACGAUAGUUCGUAAGGCAGCAUCAGCUGCAUCAGUGGCAGCAAAGCAUGCAUAUGCGACUGCAUCUUCCACCGGGAAAGCUAAUGGAGUAACAUUACCCCUCAAGUGCUGCUUAAUGUCUAUAUGUUUGCCUUGGGAAGACAUUGCCCAUGAUCUUCUGUUCAAGAGGUUGAAGAUGAACUCGUCGUUGUUGAAGAUGAAGACGACGUUUGUUUGAAGAUUUUUUAGAUCUGAACUCGUGUUUGUUUGCUGUUGAAGAUGAAGACGGUGUUUGAAGAUAACGAAUUCAAAUCUGCUGAUGAAGACGACGAUGAACUUGUGUGCUGUUAAAGAUGAACUCGUCAAAUAUGAUUCUCUGCUGGUGUUUGUUGUUGAAGAUGAACCCUAGAAAUUUGUUGAUGUUGAAGAUGAACUCGUCAAACCCUAGAAAUCUGUUGUUGCUGUUUGAAGAUGAAGAUUUUAUGUGUUUUAUUGUUGCUGCUUAAGAUGAAAUCGAUGAAGAUUUAUAUGGAAUGAACUAUGUUUUUUUUAGGUUUUUAUAUGGAGUUCAUUUCUGGAAUGAACUCUGUUUUUCUUUUUAGGUUUUUAUAUGGAGUUCAUUUCUGGAAUGAACUCUGUUUUUUUAGGUUUUUAUAUGGAGUUCAUUUUUGGAAUGAACUCUGGUUUUUUUAGGUUUUUAUAUGGAGUUUAUUUCUGGAAUGAACUCUGAUUUAUAUGUUUUCUGAAAAAAUAAGUAGAAAUUAACAAGAGUUCAUUCUGACGAUUGAACUGCUAUAAGAAAAUAAGUAAAAAUUAACACGG